AUGUUCAAGUUUUAUUUCUUUCAUUUGUUCAGUUUAAGUUAAAGUUAAGGUUUUAUUUUCAGUGUCACUCAGAACCUUAUUUAAUCAAGUGAUUAUGUCAGAGAGAAAGCUACAGCAUAUUUAAGUUUAGUUGUAAUUCAGCAUUUGUAGGGAGUCAAGGAUCCUUUCUGAGUUGCCUCAGCAACUGUUUGGGUCAGCUGCAAGUCUGGGAUCAUAUGCACAUAGAAGAAUACAUUGAAGAAGAUGAGGAACCACCUUUGCUGCUCAGCUCUUGUCCUCCUCGCGGUGUUUGGCUGUGGUGGGACUGCAGUGGUGCAGUGUCGGUGGGGAGAAGGUUGUGUGUGUUUGCAAUGCCCACCAGGCCAGGAGCCAUCCAAGCCUUGUGGGCAGAUCCAGAGUCCAGCUGAAGAAGUGAAAUGUCAGUCCUGCACACCUGGAAGCUUUUCAGAUGCAGUCGGCUCUGAGCUCUGCCAUCCACACACAUCCUGCGAGGUCCUGGGAAGAAACGUUGCAGACUCUGGCACUCUGACCUCAGAUGCUGUCUGUGGCAACUGUCUGUCUGGAUUUCACUGCCCUGAUGAAGGACAAAUUAACACUCAAAGUCCCUGCAUGAAAACAGAACUGCAUGUCAGAAAGAUUCGCACAGUGGUAAAAGGUUCAUCCAGUGGGGCAGGAGGGCCGGCCAACAGCACUGUGGUUCGGAGCGCGGAGGAAAAGACGGCAGAAUAUGCUGUUUUUGCCUUGGUGCCCAUCUUCUGUGUAAUGGGCUUGUUGGGCAUCCUGAUCUGCAACAUCCUGAAGAAGAAGGGAUACAACUGCACUGCCGAGAAGGAUGGAAGAGAUGAAGAGACUGCUACACAUCAGAAAGAAGGCAACAACUGCCCCUAUAUAUCUGAUGACCUGAAUGAAGACACAAUCAGUGUUCUGGUUCGCCUCAUAACAGAGAAGAAAGAAAAUGCUGCUGCAUUGGAGGAACUGCUGCUGGAGUACGAGAGCAAACAGAUGAGCAAAGGCUCGUCAAUCAAGUUUCCGAUGCUGUCCCCCUUGUCCACCUUCCGCUCCAUCCCCAAGUCUUGCCCCCAUCAGUCCCACCUGCACACAAUCUCCGGGCUCUCCGGUCUGGCCCCCAAACAUGGCUACCGCUGCUCCCGCUGCGCCCAAAGAAAGUGGCCCCCCGUUCUCAUCCCUCCUUUGGAUUCUUUUAAAGACCCGCUGAAGCCCCCGCAGAGCCUCAUACUGCCCUCCUUGGACACACCUGUUGACCAGCAGAUGAACCCCCUACCACGGCGGGUUUGUGUGGACACACACCGCACACAAGCUGCUGUUGUGCCAAAAACUGUUCAGAGCAAAGUGGACAGCAAUGAUGGGAGGGAGAAGAAGGAGGGAGAGGUGUUGUCUGUAGGAAGAUUUCAAGUUGCUCAAAUACCCGAGUACAGGCCCAUUGCCAUAGAAACAAAAGCAUCCUCCCAGGAGCAGAGGAACUCCCUGUUUGGUGGGAAACAUUUUCCCUCCUGUUCAUCAUCUGGCUUCAAGAGAUGAAGAAAUACAGUGAUGCUGCAUGAUCAUGCUACCUCGUGGAAGAAGACCUCGUCAUCUGAUGGCAGCCUAAACGCCAGGAUGGAGAUGUUCUUCAGAAAAUCUAACCUCCACCUGCUGGCAGAAGAAGGAAUGGCUUCUCAUUAGACGAUAAGAUAAUCUCAUGACAGCUUGAUCUUAAUUCUACUUAAAGUUCUGGAUCCAAUCAGCAGCAGAGCUGGAAAGCUAAUGAGAUUAAUGCAGGAGGAGGAUUAGUUGAAACCAAAUAUCACUGACGCUAAAGAUGCUAAAUCACUUAUGGUUACUGAUCAGAAAAUUGUGGUUCUGCCUCUUUGGCAAAACUUUUUUGUCCUGUUUCUCCCAUUAACCUUGGAGGAAACAGGGCAUCAAGUCAAAGAAACAUAAAUCAUCUUUGCAACUGAGUGCCACAUCCAUUGGAAAUAUGAAUGUGUUUAACAAUGGAUUGGUUCUUCUCUUUGGCAUAUAUAGAAAUUACAGAUGAGGUAAAGUUUUAGACUUUUAAUCUGUUGAAUGUAUUAACAGAAACUCAUUUUAUGCACUGAAGUAAGUUAUUUAGGUUGGAAGGUUAAAACCUGAGCUCUGAUUUUUACAGCUUUUAGGCUCAAUAUUUUCUCAUUGCCUAAACUGUGUGAAAUCUGUUACAAUCCUAAGGAGAACUGUUUCUUGUGCUAUGUAAUUAUGUAUGCCAAUGCCAGAUCAACAAAAUCAUUUCAGUCUUCCAGAAUAUAACUAAGUGUUCAGCAUGUUCCAGAGCUCCUAAGGUAGCCUGUGAAUGUAUUUUGAAAUUUUAUAUAAUGUCUAGAGACACAUUUUUUCCUUAUAAGAUCUAAUUUAUAUUGUAGUCAGACACAGAGCUAUCUCAGCCUGAAAAACAAGCACAGCCACGCAAACUUUAUAUCGGAUCACAUCGAAGCAGCUUUUGUUAUUUCAAUCACUGAUCAAAGCCCAGAUUUUUAUAAAAGAUUCAUUUUCUAUUUAACCCUUGUAUAUUUGAGAUGUUUAGAGGUAUCAUUUCAACAGUUUCUGGUAUACUGUAGCUUUUAGAAUAGAGUCCAUUGUGGACCCAGCUCUAGGUUUAAAGUGGCUUCUUGUAUAUUUUCUCUAUAUUUGAAUGAUAUUGCAGCGCAAAUGCUUAUUGCAGGCAACAAAUAUCAUUUAGGACCACAGGUGAAAAGCUAAACAUUGAAAAAGAUCGCAAAAAAAAAACAACCAUUGUAUUUAGGUGUAAAUAUGUAAAGAAGGCUGAGAGUAUAAGGACGAAAACUCUUGCUUUGUUUUAUACUCUAACACACAGUAUGUAUGAGGUGAUUCGGGGGUGAAUAGCUGCACUGCACCAGUGACAGGACUCUGUCAUUCUUAUAAGCUGAACUGCUGUCUGAAAUGAUUUUCUACCCUUACUGUAGGGUUAAACAUAUCAGUGUUCUUCCUCUGAUCAUGAGCUACACCAACUCACAUAUUAUCCUUUGUAGUUCUUAACUAGAUAAACUAACAAACAACUGAUUUUUCAAACCCUCAUGUAGGCUGUAGUUUAUAUUCUUAUAUGUUUCUAAGUGUGCACUAUUAUCAGAUUUACUUACUUUAUUAAGUUCAUAUUAUGCUGUUAAGAGAAAUAACACAACAUAUUUAGAAGACAGGACAUUAAUUACCCCAAGCUGAUGAUUACUUGUUUUUGUUUCAGCUGCUUUUAUGCUACGGUAUUGUCAGCAUUAAAUAUUUUCAAGCUAGGCAGGAAGGAAGAACAAGAUCUCAUCAGAUUUUUUGUAUUUAUUUAUAUCGUGCUACAUUUUAUUAUAUCACAUCUAUUUCUGUAUGCUGUUUUUACUUAUGAAAUAAAGAUGAGUUGUAUUUUUAA